ACAGCCUUUAGACUUGGCUCAGGAAAAACUUGCAGUCACCAGGAUCAUCGAAAUCUUGUGGAGAUCGGCUGUACGUGUAUCGGCAGCGAUGCUCGUGGUUGCAUUAGUACGAUCCAAAAGGCUUUUUGGAGAGACUAUGGAGAAGUGUUACCCGAAAGUUGCUUACGCUACGCGACGGACAAUUUCCAAUUACGCAUAGACACAAUUCGAACCACUGCCACUGCUAUGUCAACAGCAACAACUACUACAACGGCAACAACAACGUCAAAAACAACAACAACAACAACUACGACAUCGACAACGACGACGACGACGACGACGACGACGACGACGACUAUGACAACGACGACUCCGACAACAACGACGCCAACAGCUACUACCAUUCCGACAACCGCACGUACGACGACUAAGACUUCGACGACUUCUGCAGAACCAUCUACGGCUCUAACAACGACGACAACUCUGACUUCGACGGAGUUAACGACGACACAAAUUCCAUUAUUAGCGACAACAACUACGACGGAGGAGCCUACAACUACUACGGCGACCGCAAAUACGACGACGUCCACGACCAGUGAAGCUGCCGCUAUCUCUACACAAGCAACGACAACAGCUCCAGAAUCGACAACUUUAUCGACGAUAACGAAAGGGUUAAAUGAGACGGUCCCCGUAAUCGGUCUACCGACACUAGAGGAACUCCUCCAGCGAAAAGAAGACCUCAAGGACGAGACCGCACUCUACAUCCUGAUAGUGUGCAGCAUUAUGUUUCUGGAUAUGCUUGUCCAAUUUUUCUUUGUGGACAGGCUUCGCAAUCGAGAUUUCCCAGCCCCUGGCGUGGUUGCUGAAGAAACGCAGGCAGCGCAGGAAGAACCAGAAAAGAAGGCUGGUCCUAAGAAGAAGGCUCGUCUCGGUCCCAAGUCACCAAAGAAACAUGGCCAUCAUGCCAAGCAUCAAAGCAAGAAAAAGGCUAAAGGUAAAAAAGCUAAAAAGGCCACGAAGAAGAAGGCUGGAAAGGGGACCAAAAAGGGUGGCGACGACACAAGCACUAUAGACAAGAUUAUGGACUUAUACGGUCCCAGCAAUGAAUCCGAAGAAGAGAAACCCAGUCUCACUUCUCCUGUUCCGGCUGCUGCUCCUGCUGCUGCUCCUGCUCCUGCUGCUGCUCCUGCUCCUGCUGCUGCUCCUGCUCCAGCUCCAGCUGCUGCCCCAGCUCCGGCUUCGGCUCCUUCGCCUGAACCUGCUCUUGCGGCUCCUGCUGUCGGGAAACUUCCAGAUUUAGGUGCUUCGCCGAAUGACCUAGCGAAGCAAAAAGUUGUUGAUUGGUAUUUAGUGCACCUGUAA